AUGAGUAAAAGAAAUAAUAGCUUGGCAGAUAGAAAGAAAUCGAAAACCAAAUUAAAGACAGCAAUAUCGUAAAGAAAAUAUUCUCAUUCAUCUGAUAGUAAUUUCUAUUAAGAAUUCUAAAUUUUCUAUUUUCAAGCUUAGAACACCACUUUUACUAAGUUUGAAUACAUGAAAGAAUUUUUUAAUUUGGGUCUAGCAGAAUUUCCAAAUGACGAAGAAAUUAAUUAAAUAUAACUAGACAUUCUUACUACAAGUGGAUGGAAUUCUAAUCUAAAGAAAAAUUGGACUCUUAAUGAGAAGAAAGUCCUUAUUUGGCUUAUUGGCAAACUUAGUUAAUUAAGAAAUGAAGACCUGAGGGAUUUAUCUACUGAACUUUUUGAAGAAGUUUCUAAGAUGAUUUGUCGUAGAGAUAAAGAACAAUGUAAAUCAAAAUGGGCCUCUAUGUAAAAGGUUGCUUUAUAAUAACAACCUUUUAGACCAGAAGAAGAUAAAAAAUUAUAUGAAAUUAUUAUCCACUAUUAAUCUAUUGAUUAGGGUUAAAAAUGGAGUUUAAUUUCAUAAGAAUUAAAUCAGAAUUCUUCUGUUUAUCGCUCUAGCAAAUAAUGUAGAGAAAGAUGGUUAAAUCAUCUCAAUCCAAAAAUUUCAAAGUAUCAUUAUAUUUUUUAUAAAAAUAGAGAACCUUGGACAGACGAAGAAGAUAUAAAAUUAUUGUAAUCAGUAAAAGAAAUAGGUAGAAGAUGGGCAGAAAUUUCUAAAAUUAUGGAAGGAAGAAGAAGUGAGAAUAAUCUAAAAAAUCGAUUUAAUAGUCUAAUAAAAAGAGAAAAAGAUUUGCCAUACCUGUAAUAUUCAAAAUUCUAUUUAUAGUUAAACUUAAAAUGGUUCAAUUACAAACUUGGAAGAUUUAUUGUCAGGUUGUACUUGUCCUGAAAUAACAGAUCUACAAAGGUAAGCUUUAGAUGCAGUCUUAACGAAAUUAAAGUGGAGAAGUGCUGAAACUUAAAAUAAAAAUAAUCACAAAAAAUAAAUCGAAUUACAAGAACAAUAAAAUAAUUAAGUAAAGCCAACAUUUAAUUAGCUAACUUAGAUAAAUGUCUAAUAUACUAUAGGUAAUUUUGAGUAAGAGCUAAAUUUUCACGAAUUAACUCCUUGUUUAGUUAAUGUAAACAGAAACCUCAUUUAUUUUUGUUCUCAUGAAAUUUUAGAAUAAUUUUAUGAAUUUCAUCAAUAAAAACAACAUUUAUUUAAAGAUUAAUUUGAUAAAAUUAAGAAUGAAUUACAAAUCAUUGAUACUAGAUUCCAAAAUUUUAAAUCAACCCUUUGUAUGAUAGAAGAAAUUGAUGAUUCCUAAAGAAGUCAAUUAAACUUUUAUUCCAGUGAUGUUGAUGGUUUUUUGAAUCUUGAAACUCCAGAAACAUUUUCCAAACCUGUUUAUGCUAAUCCAAUUGAAACAAUUACUCAUUCAGCCUUAAAAUAUAUUCACAGAUGGAAAACUGAUAGUCAACUCAAUGAUAGACGUAGAAAUAGUGUAACCAUUCCAAGAUCUUUGCCAAAUUUGAUAUAAAUUUAAACAUGAAUAAGCUUCCAG